CUAAGCCUUUCAGUCCUCCUGAGCAAGCAAGGCACCUCUUCUCUACAUACCCUGCCACAGCAGCUUGGAGCCCACGGAGUAAAUAGAUCUUAUUAGAGGAGGAGACAGUUCUUGGGAAUGAUAAAACAAAGAGCAAAGCAAGAAUUGCCGGGCCGUCUGGGUGCCUCAAUGGCUGAGGAAAAGCUGAUGCCCAGAUAUAACUGCAACGUCAGUGAAGUUACCAUUGUGAACCUGCAGCCCAAGAAGAAUCCCAUCCUCAUCCUGCCAAAAGAGAAGCCAGGAAGUGAACAUAGAAACUCUGGUUUCCAUCCUCCUUCUCCCAGGAUGUCAGAAAAGAGGAUAGCCCAGGGAGAGAAAAAUCUGUGGCCUGAAAAGGUAAGAAAAGAGGGGCCUUUGUCUCCAGGCUUGCAUCGUGCGAAUGAGUCGAGUAGCACAGAGAACAUUGCCCUGAAAAGGCCAGUGAAGUUGGCUCCCCUGGAGAUCCCUGUGGAAGUGAAAGAAGCCCAGCUCCAAAAGAUUAUGAGCAUCCAGAGAGAAGCCCAAAUGGCUGCUCAGAAGCUGACAGCUAUCAACUCCAUCAGCAAUGAACCCCAUGUGAAAAGAGUGAAGAAUCUCUCCCAGGGGGAGCUGGAAAACCUUCAUAAGAUAAGGCUGAAUGAGAAAGCUGCAAUGGAGAAUAAAGAUAAUCCCCUUUCUCCUAAAAGCAGCAGGCCCCUGGGAGAAAUUCAAGUUAUUUUGCCUCCAGAGACAAGCUCAAAGUUGACUAAGCAACCAGGUGUUGGAGAGGCUCCUAAGACACUUCAUAAGCUGUUAAUCCCCACUCUCCAAGUGGACAUGCAUGAAGAGUCUAACAGCCCUGACAGCAUCCCUGAUCCUCACCAGAACACUUCUAGACGCCGAUUCAGGGUAAAGCACGUGAAAGAGCAGCAAGAAGACCACGGGAAAGCCACACCCUUAAAGGUCAUGGAUCCAAGUGUGGGAGAAGGCAAGAAGAAAUCUGCAGGUCAACGAACACAAAAAACCCUGAGCGAUGCAAGCAAGCUCAUUGAGAAUGUAGCCAAAAAGCAGAAGGAGAGAGGAGCACAGCAAGGGGAAACAGAUGAAGCUUCUUUUGUAAGGAAACAGUCUACUCGAAGGAUGGCCUUGGGAGACAUCAUCCAGGUAGAUGAAGACUGAAUAUCAUGAUAUUGGUCAUGCACGGGAGAUUUAGACACAACAGCUACCCAGUAAAGUGCUUUAGACUGACUGCUUAGAAGUCUUCAGAAGAGUAUCUAGAAGCAUUAGUAGACCACAAAGUGAAAAGAUUAGCGUUGUUGAACAUCUUCAUACUUUCUGAGAUGCACAGAAGUGUCAAAUAUCCUCCUACUCUGUUCAGUACUAGAAAUGCCCUGGCUGAAGUCCUGAGCCUCAUGUGGAGUACAACAUUUCAAGACAGAUGUGGACUAUGCAGGGAAAAUCUAGUUGUGUCAUGGGUGGAAGGACCCAGAGAAAAGCAGGAUCCUGGAAAAUCUUGUAUUUGGUGCAAGACUGAAAGAAAUAACUUUAUUUGCUUUUGAGAAUAGAGCCCUGCCCUUUUCAUCUGUGGCUGAAAAGAAAGGAAAGACUUUGAAGAAAGUCUUCAAAGACGUUGAAGAAAGACUGAAAAUGUUCUUCAUAUCCACUUUGAGCAGGACAAAAAGUAAUUUGCUUAAAAUUUAGCAAGAAACGUUUAAGGUAGAAAAGGAGAAAUAAUUUUAAAGACAAUAAACACCAAACAAUGCUGUUUACAGAGAUGAGAAUCUCUGUCAUUGAAAUUUUAAAUAAUACAUUAGACAAACACCUGCCAAGAAUGACUUCAGAAAAGUUAAUCCUUCACUCAGGCACAACAAGGGCUAGACGAUCUGUAAAGACUUUUCAUCCCUAUUUUCUUGUGUUUUACAACCUGUCUCUUUCAGUUAUGCAGUUGCAGGGCUACUAACCAUGUCAUCAUCCUUUAGCACAAAAA